AUGCACCAUCACCUGAAGUUUCUGAGUGACAAAUACGCCUAUAACCUUGCCGAGUCCCUGUCUAAGGAUUAUGUUACUGAUCGUAGACUCCGACUGAAGUUUCUGAGAGCUACGAUGUUCGACCCAAAGGAGGCAGCAUCCCGAAUGGCCGUGUACUUCCGCCACAAGCUUGAUCUGUUUGGCUCGGAAAAGCUUGCGAAAGAUAUUACUUUUGAAGAUCUUGGCAAAGAUUCGAUGAAAGCAAUAUCACAGGGAAUGAUGCAUCAAGUAUUACCUUCUCGGGAUUCCCAAGGGCGGGCUGUAAUCUGUGGGUCGCAAAGAUUAUACCUUGAUCAAGUUGACAGAUUCAAGGACCCAGUGAAAACGUUGACAAAAGCUUUCUGGUAUGUGUUCAUGUCUGUUGCCGAUGACGAAGAGACACAGAAAAAAGGUUUUGUUUUUGUGAGUUACGCUGCCGACUCAGAUCACCCAUCUGAUGCCACUCGACGAGAAACUCUGAAGCGUUGUGCAAUCGUAGGAAGGGGCCUCCCAGCGAGAGCGACUGCGGUGCAUUUUUGCUCAGGUUCGUCGACAGCUGCGGCGCUCUUUGGGAUCCUAAUCAAGGGUGCUAAUGCCUACUAUCGAGUGCGUCUUAGGAUACAUUGUGGCUCUCACAAUGAGGUGAGGUACGGAUUAAUGUCAUUUGGUAUACCGAUCAACGACUUCCCCUUCUUAGAAAGAAAUGAGGUGAAGAAGACUAAUCAUCUCAAGUGGAUUGAACGACGAAAGCGAAAAGAGGCGUAUUUGAGAAGCCGUGCUCUUCCGAAGAAUGCUGUUGACAUUCCAUUUCGAGUAGAUGUGAUUCUUGGUCGAGGCACACCUUUCAAUAGUCAUCCAGGGAAUAAGCGCCUUCAUGAGAUCGUUGCGGAUCAUUACGAUGAGUAUGAUAGAGAGACGCGUGCGGGAAAGACAAAGGUAGCUGAAGGGAUUGUUGCCAUGGUCCAUGAAUAUGGAGGGAAGUUUAUGAAGCUGGAUGACGAAUGUGGCAUGUGGAUCGAGGUGUCGCCUGUAGAUGCGAGGAACAAAGUUGCUCAUUCUUUCCGGCGGAAGCGGGAGUUUUCAGUGAAAGGGUCCAAGGCAGUGCAGGGAGCUACUGGGGAAGAUUGUGGACGUGGAAACAAGCGAUUGCGAGUGCCAAACGAAGCUGGAGCAGAUAGCAUUGGGUGCUGUGUCAGAUUUUUUUAG